UUAGUCAUUCUUUAAAUGCGAAUACUAUUUACAGCUUGACAGUUUUUUUUCUGCGUAGUCUACGGUAUGAUAUCGCUUUCGUCCCCAGCUGGUGGGCUUGGUAUGCCUACAUAAGGCUUAGUAGUCAUAGUCCGGCUUUACUACCUAAUCGUCAGAGACCUGACCGGAUGAAAAAGUAUUUUCUCCAAAAUCCUGACAAAGAUUUCUUCCUAUUUGGUCUGAUAGAAAUGGCUUCUAUUGGCGAAAUGGUCAGACGAAUGGAUUACCAAAAACGUGCGAUGAAAACAUUUGGUCUCAGGAGAGGAUCAGGUUCUUCAACCCAGAUUCAAGAGUGUUCUCUUUUUGUUCGUUCGGCCAACGAUCACGAACUCGAUGUUCUCCAAACCGCCGUUCGCAGAAUGGAAGCAGACGAAAAAUCUUUCCGCGAUGUCCACAAAAAACAGAUGACAAACAUGAAAAGAUUUCACAACUCUGUUCACGCAAGAUCAGCAUGUGUGGACCACCUUACCUUAAAAUCUUCGCCAGUGUGUGUCGACGAUACCUUUACGACUCAGAAGUCCAGUGUCAGUUCUGAUCGAGAUUUUCCGAGAAGAAACAGUGAGCCAGUCACCAGUCAAAUUUCUCACACCUCAAGACGACUUUCUGUUCAACAAGAAACGCCCAAAAAUGGCCGUUCCUUUAGAAAGUUGAAGGACGCCCUCGCCUCGAAAUCAAGGAUCGCACCGGACAGUGGUUUUACAAAAAACAAAAAACUUGGGAAAUCAAAGAGUUGUCCUCUUUUUGCUGCUAUUGAGUAAUAUGAUUAUAGUUCUUUUAGCUUUACUAUUAUAGUCAUAAUCACGGACGCUUUGAGAGACAAGAUCACGCUGAGAAGAGCUAAUGCACAAGUUAAAAAAUUCAACGGAUUACACCCAUCAGAAGAAGGAAAGCUAUUAAAGCAUCAUGCUUGAUCAACAUGGGGAUAAAUCUACUGGCAGAAUAAAUUGUGUCGCAUUUUAAUAUUUACAAGACAUAUAUAGGUCCACGACAUAAAAACACGUACUCGCCUUAUGCGUAUACUGUCCCAACUCCCAACAAAAAUCCUCUUAGACACACAAUUAAUACACACGCGCGCGUGUAAUACAUUCAAUCACACAUGCACACACACAGAAUUAUUACUAUAAUAUUCAGAGGUUAUAAACUGUAUUGAUUCCUAUGUAAAAGGAUCUUUAAAUGCAGCCAUAAAAAUGAAUAUUCUUUAGUUUUAUUGAUGGAGCCGCUCCAUUCGACAAUGCACGAACAUUUCCCACUUUUUAUGAACAGCUUUAUUCUCUUAAUUGCACAUAAAGGUCUAAAAACAGAACUUGCCAGACUGCAUUCUUUUAUCAAUGGGUGUGAGUCUCCGUUGUUGUGACCGAAGCGCGAUAGGCCAGGCAGUGCAGAUGAAUUAAGAGCAUUUUUUACUGUCCGAGCAAGUUGUCAGAAUUUUGUUUUGUUUUGAAAUCUUUAAUCAGGAACUAAAUAUAUAUAUAUU